AUGGCUGAUAGUUCGCUGAGCAACCUGAACUACGGCCGGCCUGGGCUCUCAACCUAUGACUUAGACAGUCGCGAAUGGAUAUUCUCCAGACAACCCUCUUCGAAAAAGCUGAAGCAAGUGGCAUGUUGGCAGCUCGCCGUACCUGCUGCGACGAACUUCCCGCCUGCCAGAAUUUCAACGAAUGCUACAACCGUCCGUAGAGACGCCAGACGGCUCACACACGAUCACCCUCAGCUUGUGCCAGCUAUUAGGCAGCUACCGGAGCUAAACCUAGUCUCAGACGCAGUGACUUCUGCAGCAGGCACCUACGAUCCCCUCAUCGGCGACCUAAUGUCCUUCGGUACCGUGUUUUUGAAAAAGUACGGAAGACCGAAUCGUAUCGCUGCACUGCCCGCUGGACCCUCAGGCAACAUCCUGCGCCUGGUGAUAGCAGGGCAGCAAAAGCAGGGUUGGGGUACCGACAAGUCAGUAUGGCUGAGCGGACCAACGUUGGAAGACGCAGACAGUGGCUAUUGGAACGAAGAUGCAGCGCCCAUACAACAGGUCUGCUUUGCACAGGCGCAAGGUGGCAACAGUUUUCUCGCUGUGCGACUUCCUUCAAAAACGGUCAUCUUGCGGCCCUCAUACCACAGAGGCCGUCAAGCAGCCGAGCCCUCGAUCUAUUACAGUUUACCACCGUCGCUCGUUUCCGCGCGUCCGAUACUUAACAUUACACUUGGACAAACUGGAGGUACGCCUCAUGCCGAUGUCAGCUUCAACCCCGACUACCAAUUCCAGUUCGGCGUCGUGGAUCAUCAAUACAAGUGGAGUAUCUGGCAAAUCGAGAGAAGGGCAAAGAGAGACGAGUGCAGUGUGUCGCGCCUUACUGGAGGGGAACUGCUGCCGGAUGAAGAUACAAUUCUGAACGACGGCGAUGGAUGGGCGAGGAUCCUAUGGGCGGGUGACAGCAAUACACUUAUCGUCUGCAACCGACGGCACCUGAGUUUGAUUAGCAUCAGCGGAAAGGCGCACGAGUACCUUCAAGUACCGACUCUUGUGCCACAACGAUCGACUGACUGGAUCUUGGACAUCAAGAGACACCCCCAGCUCCAGAACCGCUUCUUUGUCCUAACGACUACCAAAAUACACAUUAUAGCAGUGACCACCUUAGGUGCAACAGUAGACAACACGGCUAACCAGGCUGGGGCAACGUUUUUGUUCUCUCGGAGACAUUACCGGGGUGAUGAGGACCUCACACUACAUCUAAGCUUAGAGACGCUUAUAGAAGAUACAACACACGUCCUCCUGUGUUCUCGUCUGAACAGCCUUGCGCAAGUUUACUAUUUCCAAACCCACCAUUCAGGGCCUUCCGAGCUUCUCAUCAGUCAGGAUCCGGUACCACUGGACUUAACACUAUCAGCUGCCGCACACAUCACGCACAUGCGCUUUGACACUCUCGAGUACGGCACACGGGAGCAAUGGCAGUACAAUAAGAUCAACAGAUCCGCGCAUUCGUAUUUUGAACAGGCGGUCCCGUUCUACCAGCUUACCGUUACAUUGUCGGACUUUAGCGUGCUUCAGACCGUCCUGGUUGAGGAAAUAGACUCUGGUCACGAAGCGCUGGUCUGGAAUAAAGUUAUUCAUGCUGAUCGGACAUUGUAUGCAUCAACAAACGUCGAAGAGAUGGAUGAUUUCGUGGCACCUGACGGCCUGCUUGGGAUGGCUACACCAGAAACCAAGCUCAAGUCACAGACUCUGCGGCUGCUCCCACAAACGGAUCAAUCUCUAGAGCGUGCAAUGAAUUACACUUCGAUCUACGAGACUCUGGUUCAUGGGGAUCAAAAUGCCACGUCGACGAGAAACGCUACAGCCGUGGACGCCCUUGCUAAACGAUUGCAAGAGGCAAUGAAAGUAGAUGGCGAUACAGUUGAGCCAGGUCAUGGAUACGUCGUGGAGAUUCUCGACAGUACUAUCGAUGUGGUUGAUAUUGACGAGGCGUCAACGAAGAUCAACGGGUUCUUCGCGACUGAUGACUUGGAGCGCUCAUAUGCACUACAAUACAUCGCCCGUGCGCAGGUCUUGCAUCUUCCGGAAAGCGAAGAGCAGUCUGUUGCUUUUCUAUAUGACACGAUCCUGCAGCACUGGAUCGCACCGCUAGCGGCAGACAUACCAAUCCCUGUGCGACAAGCCAAGGAACGGUUGGCUCGACGUGUUGCUGCAGAGGUCACUUUGGCUAGCGCACGAUUGAGGCCCAAAGAUGAUGCACUUCCAUCCCCCCAUGGCGCAGAUUCAGGCGAUAUAGUGUCGCUACCAAUCUUGCCGUCCAAGUUAGGGGCCAUUGCGUCUAUUGGUCCAGCUGCGAAUAUGUUCCCUUCGUCUUUACCAACCCCACCACAAUCUUCUGUACCGCCAUCGUCGCAGCCUCCUUCCUCCCCUACUCCUCCUGAGUUCAGCAUUCCGCCCUCCACAGGCGAUCCGCUGUCCCGGUUGCGUAAACAUCUCACAAUCAAGAACGAAUUGUUGACACCAACAGUCAUCCACCCAAAUGUCAGCGAGCUUCUAUCUCAUUGGAACCCCGGAUCUGAUCCAGGUUCGUAUGAUUGGGAAGCUACAGAACACUCGCUUCGACCUGAAGCACCAGACGAAGUGAGCCAGGAGUUGCGCGAAAAGGAGCGGAAGAAGCGAGAACGACGGGAGAAGCGGCAGAGACGUGAGGACGAGCUGAUGCGAGCUAAGUCUCAAACUAGUAGCCAAGCUGUGUUCGCACAACCUCCAUUCCCACGAAGCUCGCCUGGGCCCACGUUUGGUGGCAUGGGUCCCAGCAGCCAGGUUCCCAUUCCAUCGUCGAGCCAGACGCCCAAUCAAUUUCAUGGCCAGAGAGGCGCUUUUGGAGGGUUUGGAGGGGUACAUAGCACGGUGCCGCAAAGUCAAGUUGAGCCCGGCCGUUUCGGUGGACGACCUGAUAAGAAGAAGAAGAAGAAAGGAAAGAGCAGGGUCAGCGGCUUCUAG